GGAGGCAACUCGCGAUAAAAGAGAGGCGCAUGAUCGGUAGAUUCGUAACUUUGUUGUUGCUAAGGGCGAGGGAGGACGAUGGCGACGGUGGCAGUGGAGAAGAAGCAUCCGGCGGAGGCGGAGGGGGAGAUGUGUGCUCCGGCGGCGAGGGUCAGGGGAGGCGGAGGCGAGGGGCUGCGGCAGUACUAUCUGCAGCACAUCCAUGAUCACCAGCUCCAGAUCCGGCAGAAGUCCAACAACCUCCAGCGCCUCGAGGCCCAGCGGAACGACCUCAACUCGCGAGUAAGAAUGCUCCGUGAGGAGUUGCAGCUACUUCAGGAGCCUGGUUCUUAUGUGGGCGAGGUGGUGAAAGUGAUGGGCAAAUCGAAGGUCUUGGUCAAGGUUCAUCCAGAAGGAAAAUAUGUUGUUGAUCUUGAUAAGAGCAUAGAUAUAACAAAGUUAACACCAUCAACCAGAGUUGCCCUUCGCAAUGAUAGUUAUGUUCUUCACCUAAUCCUGCCUAGCAAAGUAGAUCCUCUGGUCAAUCUUAUGAAAGUUGAAAAGGUUCCAGAUUCCACCUAUGACAUGAUUGGUGGUCUUGAUCAGCAAAUCAAAGAAAUAAAGGAGGUUAUUGAGCUUCCAAUUAAGCAUCCUGAAUUGUUUGAGAGCCUUGGAAUAGCGCAACCAAAGGGUGUCUUGCUCUAUGGGCCUCCUGGCACAGGGAAAACUCUUUUGGCAAGGGCAGUUGCUCAUCAUACUGAUUGCACAUUCAUAAGGGUUUCUGGUUCUGAGUUGGUUCAGAAAUACAUAGGAGAGGGCUCUAGAAUGGUUCGUGAACUAUUUGUUAUGGCCAGGGAACAUGCUCCAUCAAUAAUAUUCAUGGAUGAAAUAGACAGUAUUGGAUCUGCUAGAAUGGAGUCUGGCACUGGUAAUGGUGACAGUGAAGUGCAACGAACGAUGCUUGAGCUUCUUAACCAGCUUGAUGGCUUUGAAGCAUCAAACAAAAUUAAAGUUCUGAUGGCGACAAAUCGGAUAGAUAUUCUGGACCAAGCACUCCUCCGGCCUGGUCGGAUUGACAGAAAAAUUGAAUUCCCUAAUCCCAAUGAAGAGUCUCGCUUUGAUAUCUUAAAGAUUCACUCGAGGAAGAUGAACUUAAUGCGUGGCAUAGAUCUUAAAAAAAUUGCAGAAAAGAUGAAUGGAGCAUCUGGAGCAGAACUUAAGGCGGUGUGCACUGAAGCUGGGAUGUUUGCGCUCAGGGAAAGAAGAGUCCAUGUGACCCAAGAGGAUUUCGAGAUGGCGGUGGCCAAAGUCAUGAAGAAAGAGACAGAGAAGAACAUGUCCCUGCGCAAACUGUGGAAGUAGUAGUUCCAUUGCUCGUCCAAUUGCAGUGACAAACUACUGCUCGUGUGUUAUUUUGAAACUCCUCAACACAAGUAGCCAAUUUAUAGGUUGAUCCGUUUAAACUACGCCAAGUGAAAUUGCUUGAUGGUUAAAGAUCUGUAUUCGUGAUUAAAAUAAUCUGUGUACUCAAGUCUUGAAUGUUACCGUCUAAUAUUUAUGACUUUAAUGUUAUAUGUAUACUAUAUA